CCAGCAGGCCGUAAACCAAACCAGCCGCCGAGUCUGGCCCGUCCGACCCCCCCGCAUGGCGCCGCCGCCCCGAGGUCGUCCCCGUCUCCCCCCGUAAUGGCGGCCACCUCCACCUCGGCCUCCCCCGCCCCCGCCGCCGACGACCUCCACGCCUUCCUCCGCCGCGGCCUCCGCUCCCGCGGCGCCGUGCUCCGCGCGCACGCCUUCCUCCUCCGCCGCGGCCUCCUCCUCGGCCACCCCGUCCCCUCGGGCCUCCUCCUCUCCGCCGCCGCCGCCUCCACCACCACCGCCACCUCUGCCACCCACCUCGUGCGCCUCCUCCUCCGCCACCUGCCCCCGCCGCUCCCGCUCUUCUCCCUCUCGGCCGCCCUCCGCGCCGUCGCCCCGCGCGUGCCCUUCUCCGCGCUGCUCUCCCUCUUCGCCCACCUCCUCCGCGCCCACGCCCCCUCCGGCUUCCCCGACGCCUUCGCCUUCCCGCCGCUGCUCUCCGUGGCCGCCUCCGCGCGCUCCCCGCGCAGCCACCUCCCCGCCGCGCUCGCGCUCCACGCGCAGCUGCUCCGACGCGGCCUGCUCUUCGCGCCGCCGCCCCACGCCGCCAACGCGCUCCUCCAUUUCUACGGCGCCGCCGGCAGCCUCCCCUCCGCGCGCCACCUGUUCGACGAAAUGCCCUUCAGGGACAUCGCGUCCCACAACACCAUGAUGACGGCCCACGCUGCUUCCCUGGGCGGUGGCAUUGAUGCCGCACGCCAGCUGUUCGACGGAAUGCUCCUCAGGAACGUGGUGUCCUGGAACGUCAUGAUCAAUGGGUAUGUGAAGGCGAAGCGGCCCGAGCAGGCGCUGGAGGUGGUGCGGUGGAUGGCGGGGGUCGGGGUCAGGGGCACCGCGACGACCAUGGUCGGGGCGGCCACCGCGUGCGCCAGGCUGGGGAGGCUGGGGUCUGGCAGGGAGGUGCAUUGUGCAUACUUGCGCCGCUUCGAGGAGGAUAACCUCUUGUUUUGGACUUCGCUGGUUGAUAUGUAUGGCAAGUGCCGGAGGGUGGCGGCUGCGAGGAAGGUGUUUGAUCGGCUCAAUGUCCGGAAUGUUGUUUGCUGGAAUGCAAUGAUCAUCGGGCAUUGCGUGUAUGGCGAACCUGCUGACGGGCUUCAGCUGUUCCAUGAGAUGAUUGGACGAGGGAAGAAUGGUUCAGAUAACCAAUGGGUUCUGCGACCAGAUGAAGUCACUUUCAUUGGUGUACUCUGCGCGUGUACCCGUUUAGGUCUCCUGGAUGCUGGGAAGGUAUAUUUCAACCAGAUGACCACGACGUACAGUCUCAGGCCAACAUUUGCACACUAUUGGUGCAUGGCGAAUCUGUAUGGGAGUGUUGGCCUUCUGGAAGAAGCAGAGAGCCUCUUGAAGAGCGUGCCAGAGGAGCUGAAGGCACGUGCAUUGGGUGGUUUGCUUGGGUUGUGCCGAUUCAGAGGGGAAUGGAAACUUGGGGAACGUAUAGCCCUCAGGUUGAUCGAGCUGGAACCAAGCAACUGUGCUCACUAUGCUCUGUUGUGCAGUGUAUAUGCUUCGGCGGGAAGAUGGGAAGAUGCUCACAGGGUGAAGGCUAUCAUAAAGGAAAGCGAUGGGAGGUUCAGUCCUGGACACCGUCUGGUGGAUCUAAAUGAGAUCGCAAGUGAAUUUAAAAUUAGGGAGAGGCAACCUGAGAAUCAGGAAAUAUAUGUUAUCCUGGAUGACUUGGUUUCAAAGCUGCAGUUUACAAGCAGAGAAGAUGUGCAAACUGAACCCGGGAUAAAAUAGUGCAGUCUUCACUCACAGACCAUUUCCGAGCUGCAUGGGUUUUGAGCAGGCAGGCAGGAGGCAGCUAGCUGGAACAGUAGGCUAUGCUGUGACCCCACAUGUAAGACACAGGGUUGCAAGAAGUGUAUCCUCAGGCGUAUCUGUGUGAAGCUGUUUAAGAUUCUCUUGAAUCAGAAAUAUUUGAGAUGAUACUUUGCAUAUACAGAUGUGUACAAGUGACGCUCCACGGUCCAUACAAGAAACUCAGGAUGGUCCUUCUGCCUGGGAGGAUAAUAAGAUUGAGCUCUUGAGAUGUUUACCAAGAGGAACACAUUGCUGCAUUCCUGCUGGAGUUCAUAUUGCUUGGCAAAUUACAAGUUUGGGUAAUGCUGUGACAAAUUAACAGAGCUGAAGGGCUGGCCUGUACUUAUUCUGGUGAGAACAAUUUGUUGAACUUACAUUUUGCGUAGGAUGAAGGAUGCUACCAUGAGAUCUUUCCUUUGCCUUUUUCCUGCACUGGCAGUUGACCGUAACUGGCACAAGGCAAGUUUAAGAGAAGCCAAGUCUUGUGUAGAGUUUCUUACUCUUUUUUCUUACACUUUCUUAUGGUCAGACAGCCAGGCGAAUGUUUACUGAUGAAAUUUGAUGGUGCCAUUUUGAACCAUUGUUGUAGAAAUAGCAAAUAAUUGAAUACACGGAUUCUCUGUAGUUUUGUCA